UCGUAUGAUCAGUUAUCGAAAGCGACCGAUGGAUUUAGCGGAGGAAACAUGAUUGGUUCGGGAAGUUUCGGCACUGUAUACAAGGGAAUACUUUUUGAUGAGACCGAAGUUGCAAUAAAAGUUUUUAAUUUGCAAAUAGAGGGAGCGUUUAAGAGUUUCGACGUCGAAUGCGAAGUGAUGAGUAAGAUCAUUCAUCGUAAUCUUGUCAAGGUCAUUACUUGUUGUUCUACUACUGAUUUCAAAGCCCUGGUGCUUGAACUCAUGCCAAAUGGAAACCUUGAGAAAUGUUUAUACUCUAACAAUCAUUUCUUGGAUAUUCUACAAAGAAUCAACAUAAUGAUAGAUGUUGCAUCGGCAUUAGAAUACCUCCACUCGGGAUAUUCGACUCCUUUAAUCCAUUGCGACCUAAAACCAAGUAACGUCUUACUAGACAAAGACAUGAUUGCUCAUGUGGGAGAUUUUGGGAUUGCCAAAUUAUUAGGAGAAGGAGAUUCCAUGAAGCAAACAAUGACGCUUGCCACCAUUGGCUAUAUGGCACCAGUGCAAGAAGAUGAUAAAUACUUUGUCGUUAAAGCAAAUUGUAUAUCCUCAAUUAUGAAAUUGGCUUUAGAUUGUUCGGCUGAAUUUCCUGAAGAUAGAACUGAUAUGGAGAACGUUCUUUCCAUGCUCAAGAACAUCAGAAGAAAAUAUUUGAAUGACCUAGCUGAAAAUUAA